GUCAUGCUGUACAGUACAGUCAAGCAUUUAUCAUUUAAGAAUACAUUAAAACACUAUUUCACGUGUUUGCUCCGUGUGCAGUGGGUGUUACUCCAAAGACUUUAAAUACUGCUAAUUCAAACAUCAGCAUGUCAGAGGUGACGGCAACACCUUCACAGGCACCAGACAGCGGCCUCACUUCGCUCGCCUUUGGUGUGAUGAGUCUUAUACUCAUUUUAAUUGUUGUCAUGGUGGUCUUGGUGACUGCUAUCAACCUCAGGGGACGGUGUAGAGACAUCAAACAACACAAGAGUAUUAAAAGCUGUGAUUCUGUGGUGUCUGACAGCAUGACCAGCAACUGUGAGAAAGAGAGCAUCACUCUUGUCUCUGUGAGGACUAUAAACACAGAAAACAAUACAGAUUCUCCUCAGAUGUCUUCAGUUCGUAGCACUAUAGUGGAUAAUGAAGACCAAGAAUUUUGCAGAGACUUGCUGUUCAUCAAUGAUGGACUGUGAUUUCACUCAGUUCAUAGUGCAUGAGAUUGGAGGCUGCAUACUAUAUUUAUAAUGUUAAAUGAAUGUGAACUAAUGUGCCUCUAGCUGAUGAUCAGUGUACAGAUAACACAUCAUGUUUAUGACAUACAUUGGUGCACUCACUGCAUAUAAAAUAUCUCCUAUAUCAGACAUGCUCUCAUAUAUUAAACAUGACACAUCCUUCAUUGAUAAAUAAAAUGUCACUUUUGUGUUGAUAUUCUUUUUCAGAUUAAAAAAAAAAAGAGUGGAUUAAUGUGUAAUGUAAUGUAUUUGUAAAGUGAGAUAUGGAAUGUAAGGCUUUGAGUCAAAAGUCCAACUACACAAAUGUGUGUGUGUUCCUGUAUAGGCCACAUUUGGGAUGAUAUAUUUGUUUUGUGUCAUUGUCCUGAUGACCUUAUUCUGAGGUCAGAGCUUCAUAAACCAAGAGAGACAUAGAAAAUGUGCUUUGAGUCCAGAACUGCAAAUCACUGCUGUACAUUAUAGUUCUUGAAACAUUGGUAUUUCCAUCAGGCAUUAGAAAAGUUUGAAAAUGGCAAAAUACAAUUAUAUACAGCACAUCUGACCUUCUGUACUUACCUGGCACUCUUGACUGGUAAAGUGGUAAAUGUAAACCAGAUUAAUGUCCAGAUCAUUGUUUUCCUGAUAAAACAGCACAUUUUGUGUUUAUUUUCACAAACACUGUGUUUUAAUGUGGCACACAGGUGUAAUAUAUUAAUGGAGGAAUCACACCAGUGAUGGCAAACACUGGGGCCAUGAAAGGAUCCAGACGCAAGGCUGACCCUGUCCUCCAUGACUUACAGAGGGGCCUGAAACACAAAUGCAGAUUGUACAAAUUAGACAAAAAUAUUUCAUAAGGUAUAAACUUGUUAUUUAUGCAGUGUAUGAGGAUUGACUAUAUGAGUUACUGCAGGUAUUGAAAGGUAAAAUAAGGAAGCUAAUGUUCAUAUUCCGAUAAUCAAACUAAACCACCAAAAAGCCAAAAAUAAACAACAACAAAAAUAUCAAUAUGUCUUCAAAAUCAUUUUAGCUUGUCUUUGACUAGGUACCUUAAACCAGUCAUGGAAGAUCAUCUCCUUCAGAUUUCCUCUGCUCUGGGUCACUCUUCAGACAGCCUCGGAUAAAACGGCAGCAUUCUGUGCAGAAAGAUGGAGAGAUGUCUGCUGAUUAUCUUCAAUGUUACACUCGCUUUCUAUCAAGUAACUGAUCUGCAUUUUUACAAUGUGUGACUGUGAUGUUUACAUUGUGAUUAAAUGAUUAGGAGACGUUUUGAUGAUCAGAGAGACCUUGUC